AUGAAGGAGGAUAGUUCACUCUUCAAAUCUUUCGAGUACGCUGAUUGCUAUAAAAUUCUAUGUAGAAUUUAUGCAAAUGGAGAGAUUGUUCAGAAGAUGUGCUCCAUGUCAACUUUGAUGACCGAAUACGCUUUUCAUGGCAGAGAUUUUUUAGCAAUUCAUCCAGGAACUCAUAGAACGACUCCCUGCAUUUUAGCUCGUGAUAAGGCCAUUUUGAUGAAUCUCAACGCAGUUCGUUGUAUUAUCACAAGCGAAUCAAUGAUUAUAUUCAAUAUCGAUAAUCCCUUCAUUUCGAAGAUUUCUCGAGACAUUGCAGACUAUAUCCGCGUCGGAUCGAAGCGCUUUGGCGGAAGCUUUCCAUUCGAGCUCCAAGCCCUUGAGGGAGCGUUAAUCAUCUACAGUGAUCACCUAUACAACAAGCUGGAUUCAUACCAGCACAUGGCUCACAAACUUCUAUACACAUCUGACGAUUACACGAACUUUGUAUCCAUCGAGAGUCUCAUUAACUUCAGGACGUGUACCAGGAAAUCCACCCAUUAA